CAUGUUCUCCACAUGUGAAUCAAAGAGUGGAAGAAAAACAGACUGCGCUUCCUACCUAGCUGGGGGGGAAAAAAAUCAGGACCCUUGGACUGCAUAUCACCCCCAAUUCCAGCUCAUUCAAGCGGCUCGUAACGCGUUUCUUACAGCCUGAAGCGGUGAGCUGCGGAAUCGUGCUCAUAGGGAAUGACAGCGCUGCCCGUGGCGGGACCCCGUUUGCCGGGACUGUCCCCCCAGACUCAGGCUAGCCUGCCCCCCCAGCCGAACCCGGGCUCCUCCCAGCCACCCCAGGGGGCCCUGCGCGAGAUCCCCCCCGCCAUCCUGUGCAAGAUCGGACAGGAGACUGUGCAGGACAUCAUCUCCCGAAGCAUGGAGAUCUUCCACCUCAUGAGGGCCACUCAGCUGCCGAAUGGGGUGACGCAGAGCCACGCUGUGUACCAGGACCGCUUCCACAAGCUGCAGGAGCACCUCCGCCAGCUGACACUGCUCUUCCGUAAACUGCGUCUGCUGUACGAGAAGUGUGCCGAGACCACCGCGGAGCUCGGCGAGACGCCCAGCGAGCUGAUUCCCUAUCUGGGAGAGGAGGCUCCUGGAGUUCAGGUGGAUCCCUGUGGAUUCACGGCACAGUGGGAGCGCCAGGAGGUAUUCAAGAAAGUGAAGCAGAAGAACCAGGAGAUGAAGCUGCUGAUGGACCAAAUGCGCAACCUGCUGUGGGACGUGAACGCCAUGCUGACCCUGAGGAAGUGACCCCUCCCUCCGUCCCUGUUCCUGUGAACACCAUGCUGACCCUGAGGAAGUGACCCCUCCCUCCCUCCCUCCCUGUGAACACCAUGCUGACCCUGAGGAAGUGACCCCUCCCUCCCUCAGUCCCUGUGAACAUCAUGCUGACCCUGAGGAAGUGACCCCUCCCUCUGUCCCUCCCUGUGAACAUCAUGUUGACCCUGAGGAAGUGACCCCUCCCUCCCACAGUCCCUGUGAACAUCAUUCUGACCCUGAGGAAGUGACCCCUCCCUCUGUCCCUCCCUGUGAACAUCAUGCUGACCCUGAGGAAGUGACCCCUCCCUCCGUCCCUGUGAACACCAUGCUGACCCUGAGGAAGUGACCCCUCCCUCCCUCCCCCUGUCUGUCUGAAGAGGCUUGGGUUUGUUCUGCUGAUCAGGGACCGGAAAAUCCACUGUAAAAUCCCUUUAAUCUCAGGAAUCAUCUCUUUCAGACCCCCCAGUACGUCUUCAUGCAAUGUGUGCUUCCAGUACUGCAAUACCAUUUGCCAGAGUGCUAAGCAAGGCCUCGGUUUUAUAACUUACUGUAGGAUUAGCCUUGACAGCAUUGUCACUGCUCCCCUUUUGCUUUUUAAAAUUUAUUUAAUUCAACGACACAUCCCUGUGCUGUAGGUCACAUUAAACAGAGAGAACAAGCAGACUUUUUUUUAUUUAUUUAGCCUCAAUUAGAAAUCAUUAAUAAGGUUUUUAUAUGGAACGUCCUUACAUACUGUUUACCUUUUUCAUGAGAAAACAGCUGGGAUGAACUUGGGCUUUAAAAUUAAAUUGAAAAUCUUUCCUUUUGAAUAAAACCUGACACCCCAACAAAUUACCUUUCAAACAAAGUAGAGAAACGCUUGUGUUCAAUAGCAUGGGUGGAUUUAUUUCACAAGUCUUUUAUACAUUGGUUUCCUUUGCAUGGUGUCUGUAUGAUAGGCAUUUAGAAAUGAUUGAAGACGGUCUUUUUUGUUACAAAAUACAUUGUAGGCAGUGUUUGUA